CACCACCACCAUCCUUUCUCCCAUCUCUUUCCUCUCUCUUUCUCUCUUGUGACAGCCAUUUUUAUCCCUUAAUUAUCUGCCAAUUGUCACCAAACCCAUUUCUUAAAAGUCUCAUAACGUAAAUCAAACUGCUCCCUCUUCAAAAAAACUAAACUAAAAUCCCCUCCCCCAGUGAUCAGUCAAGUCAGUCUUCACAAAAUUUUCAUGCCGAAACCCACAAGCAACCUACAAAAAGAUCGUUUCUUUCACCGCUUCUCCUCCAUGAUCGCAACCCUCAACAGAAAUCUCCGGCGACUCUUCCCCAGAAUCCGCUGGCCAGUUUCUGUUAAGACCCAGACCAAGAAUAUUGUUUUCAAGGAAUUGGGAAAAUCAAAGCCAACAAAGGGUCAUUCUCAUGAUCAAGAACCUGUCCCAAUCGGGUCUGCUACGGUUCACCCAAACAGGUCAAGCAAACCCGGAAAACCCAUACGCGUGGCUACAUUCAAUGCCGCCCUGUUCUCCAUGGCACCUGCACUUCCAAAGAAGUCAGAGAAAGUUAUCAUCUUUGACAACGAAAACAACCAACAAUCUUCAAAAUCCACUAAGCAAUCACCUAAAGGAAUACUGAAACAAUCACCCAUGCAUCCAAACUCGUCAAAAUUCGCGAAAUCAAAGCUUCGAGUGUCGAUUAAUUUGCCUGAUAAUGAGAUAUCAUUGAAGAAAAGUGGGCAAUUGAACUUUAUUGUGGAAGAGGAGGAAAAAGAAGGGUCUUCCAGCAAGGCACAAUUGAAACACUCGCCAAGCUUGGGUUUGUCUGGAAGGCACAUUAAUGGCGGCGAUGGAGGGAAAAAGAGAACGAUACUUGAGGUGUUGAAAGAGCUUAACGCUGAUAUAUUGGCUAUGCAAGAUGUAAAAGCAGAGGAAGAGAAGGGGAUGGAGCCAUUGUCGGAAUUGGCUGCAGCUUUGGGGAUGACCUAUGUCUUUGCAGAGAGUUGGGCUCCUGAAUAUGGGAAUGCAAUCUUGUCUAAAUGGCCUAUUAAGAGAUGGAAAGUUCAGAAAAUCUUUGAUAACUCAGAUUUCAGGAAUGUAUUGAAAGCCACAAUAGAUAUUCCAGAGGCAGGAGAGGUGAAUUUCCAAUGUACUCAUCUUGAUCAUUUAGAUGAGAACUGGAGAAUGAAGCAAGUAAACGCCAUCAUUCAAUCUAAUCAUGACGAAGUUCCUCAUAUCUUAGCUGGAGGGCUUAAUUCUCUUGAUGAAACGGAUUACUCGACGGAGAGAUGGACAGAUAUAGUUAAGUACUAUGAGGAAAUGGGAAAACCAAAGCCAAAGACAGAUGUGAUGAGGUUCUUGAAAGGUGAAGAGGACAUGAUAGAUGCCAAGAAUUUUGCAGGAGAAUGUGAAGCGGUUGUGAUGAUAGCCAAAGGCCAAAGUAUACAGGGGACUUGCAAAUAUGGAACAAGAGUAGACUACAUAUUGGCAUCACCAGAUUCUCCAUACAAGUUUGUUCCUGGCUCAUACUCUGUUAUAUCUUCUAAAGGAACUUCUGAUCAUCACAUUGUUAAGGUUGACAUAGUAAUAGAAUCAGAAAGUCGACACCAAAAUCAUCAUGUGAAUAAGAAGAAGAUGACAAAACGGUUCAUCAAAAACCAAGUUGUCAAGAUAACAAACUCAUCUGAUCAAUCCAAGGGUAUAUGGAGCUUACAUACAGAUAGUGAUAGAUAGAUAGAUUGAUCCAUCAAUCUCUCUUCUUUAUUGGGUGUUUAUUUUUUCUUUUUCGAUCGGUCUAACUCCUCUUAUGAUUGUGUUCUUGAACUUAUCUGGUGUGGUGGGUUUUCUUCUUGUGUAGAUGAUUUUAUAGAAUAGAAAGAAAGAUCACUAAUGGGUGUGGUGUGUAAGAGCUUGUAUAUCAUUAUCAUACCCAAUAGGAACAUUAUUAAAUCUUACUGCGUGUUUAAUCAAAUGGAAUAAAAGGACUACCUUUCUUCGGUUUUCAA